AAAGGGCAAGCGGAAUGUAAACAGGGGACCCGGGGAGUGGUCUUCGGGUAACACAGGCUACCGGUCAGUGGUGGAAGUCGGCGGAAGUGGGAGAAAACGAGGCUGGUGGGUCUUGGGGUGACGGGAGUAAGGAGCCUCAGAAGUCGGAGUUGAGGCCCACCGCGGGUGUGGCAGAGCCGGGACGCUAAGAAUGGCUUCCUUUGGAUGGAAAAGGAAGAUUGGCGAGAAGGUCUCAAAGGUCACAUCCCAGCAGUUUGAAGCUGAAGCUGCUGAUGAGAAGGAUGCAGUCGGGAAAGAUGAAGGCAACUGGCUUCACGCUGCUAAACGGAGGAAAGAAAGUCUCCUGGAAGGCUGUGCCGAAAAAAGCAAACAGCUUAAGGAUGAAGGAGCCACUCUGGCUGAAAAUAAAAGAUACCGAGAGGCCAUUCAGAAGUGGGAUGAAGCACUACAGUUAACCCCAAAUGAUGCUACCCUGUAUGAGAUGAAAUCACAGGUCCUAAUGUCUCUUCAUGAAAUGUUCCCAGCAGUUCAUGCUGCAGAAAUGGCUGUCCAGAGAAAUCCACAUUCAUGGGAAUCUUGGCAGACUUUGGGGCGUGCUCAACUUGGAUUAGGAGAGAUAGUCUUGGCAAUUCGAAGUUUUCAAGUAGCCCUUCACAUCUAUCCAAUGAACCCUGAGAUAUGGAAAGAAGACCUUUCUUGGGCAAGAACACUCCAGGAGCAGCAGAAAGUAGCAGAGAGGAUUAAAAAGAGUGAAGUACCAGCAGAAGUAACACAUUUCUCACCCAAGUCAAUUCCUGACUAUGACUUUGAAAGUGAUGAGAUUGUUGCUGUUUGUGCAGCUAUUGCUGAAAAACAGAAGACAGUUGCAGCAAAUAAAACAAUGGUUAUUGUGUCAGCUUCUGGGACUGUAGAGACGGUGACCGAGAAGGAAGAUGGUGCUGCACCACCGGAUGGCUCUGUUUUUAUCAAAGCCCGAUGAAGCUUAGCAAGAGUCAUAUGAAUCCAUCUUUGAUUACCACUUAAAUUUUAGGCGUGGGGGCAUUUAGUCUGGAGAAACAGGGUAAAAUUCCUGCUUGUUAAAUAAGUUUUUCAGAUGAGACAUAUAAAACUUAAGUGAAAGAAUUAUUGUAUAGUUUUUGGACUGUACUUUGAUAAGGCAUGAUUUCAGCUCAAGAUUAAAAUUGAGUACAUGGUUUUUUGCUUAAGAAGCUUAAUUUAAUAAAAAUAUACAAGUGAAUGCAUUUUCAAGAUACCACUUGAAAAGCAAGUUCUCAAAUAGUGAAUAACUUGAUGGCCAGUGUUAUUAAAAUAUUGACUUGUUGAUUUUUGUUUUAUAAUAAAGGAAGUAGGAUUCUUUCCCUGCUAGAAAUACAUUGCUAUUCCUAUUCACUCUGCUUUUUCUCUUGUUUCAUUAGAGUAAGUCUGUCACGAAGCUUGAAUCUUUUUGAUACUCAUUUUGAUUCAGAGUUGUCAUUUGGUCCUAUGUAGGAUCUUGAAAGUUUGAAAAUGCAUGCAAAUGUGUAUGCUGAACAUUUUCUGAAGUUUCUCUUAAUUUUGAUUUGUGCUUUUAACUUUAUAAUUAUUAUAACAAUGAUAGUUGCCACUUUCAGUAUUUGUUAGAUGUGUGAGAUACUGACAAAUGUCAGAAUCAUGGUUUAUUUUUUAAAUUAUUAAGGUAGAUAGAGUAAUCCUUAGCACCAAGUGAGUCAUUUUAAAGAUGUGCAUUUUUUUAAAAAAUCAGUGGCUCUUAUAGAUACAUCAUAACAAAUUACACUACUGUUUUCCCAGUCAAAAGCAGUAUUUUCUUUUCCUUAUUUUUAAAAGAUUAAAAACAUUAAAAACAAUUUAUUUCUUGCUGUAAUUUCCUAGCUGAUGGUUUAGAAUUCCUUUUCUAGUUAACUUUUAUGGAACUGCUCAGUGAAAUGAGAAACAAUCACAGUUUUAAAUGACUCAAUUAUACUUUUCUAAAAAUUGAGGGGGAAAAGUAGAUAUGUUAUUGAAAUAAAGGAGUGAAUAGCAUUAGGCGCAACAUACACAGAAAUUGAAGUGUGAUUUAUGGUUUAAUCCCAUGAGUAGAAAGGAUAUAUUGAAGGAUAUAUUUUAUUGAAAGGUCACCAUCACAUCCACAAAUCAAUACUGACAUUGCUAAUGUUAAUUAUUAUUUUAGUACAGUUAUAUAGAACUGCUGGGUACUGUUACUUCUGAAACUCAGGAAGCUAGUAUUGGUAUUUUAUCCUUGUUAGAGAGGAAGUAAGUUACUUUUUAUUUUAAGGAAUUUUAUCUUGCCCACUGGGAGCAUGUACGUGUAAUGGUCUGAGAUGACUGAAAAACAUUUUUUUUAGUGGAAUGCUUCUUUUUUUCAGAGUUGGAGAAGCCAGGAUUUGCCUUGAAAAGUACUAUUUUUUCCCCCCAAAGUUGUAUCAGGUAGUUAGCUCUGGUUAGAGAAGUUUGUUUUAGAAAGAUCCAAAAAAAAAAAAAAAUUUAAUUAUAUUUUAUUUUGUUAAAUAAUGCAUAUUCUUCAAGGGCAGGUAGAUGGAUGUGUAGAGAAAUGUGCACUUACUGUUUCAUAUGUUGCUUUGAGUAAUGGAUAUUGAUUGUAUAGUUUGUGAAUAAAUAGGUUUUUUUGCUUUUAAAGGUUUGCCUAUUUGUGUUGUUAGCUUUUGAAAAAAUUAGAUUGAUUAAUUUAUUUCUUAUGUGAAGAUAAAAUAUAUAAGCACCUUGUAUGGUGUCUUGUGUAUGAAGUACUCAGUAAAUGCUGUUUCUAUGAAGCACUUGAAUUGGUUUUAUUUAACCUCACUUUCUUCUGAUUUUAAGAAAGGAGGAAAACGUCUUUGUAAUUUUUUCCAUACUUGGAAGUGAGAAGUCACUACUUCUUAUACUAUAGGACAGAUGGCUUUCAGUUGGGGAAUGUUGUUGGUAUAAGGUUUAUGAAGUGAAGUGAAGUGAAGUGAAGUGAAGUCGCUCAGUCGUGUCUGACUCUUUGCGACCCCAUGGACUGUAGCCCACCAGGCUCCUCCGUCCAUGGGAUUCUCCAUGCAAGAAUACUGGAGUGGGUUGCCAUUUCCUUCUCCAGGGGAUCUUCCCAACCCAGGGAUCAAACCCUGGUCUCCCACAUUGCAGGCAGAUGCUUUAACCUCUGAGCCACCAUACCUCAACCCAAAAGAAACAAGAUCCAGGAUGGGAGUGCGUGUAGCUACUAGAUUCUGUUUAUGAACCUACCGUUGCCUCUGUACUGACAUCAGUAGGCCAGGUUAGUCUCUUUCUUACACAGAAAUAAGACAUAAGAUGGUUUAGAUACAAGAUGGAGGAGAGAACGAAAUAGUGAAUUAUGGAGGAGAAAGGGAUCCCAUUUCUUCAGGCCCCCAAAACUGCUUAGCACUCUUUUGUGUACGAAGGGAAAAAUGCAUACAUUAUUUUAUAAGGAUGUGAAUACUGAUAUCUGUACUAAGCUUGGUAACUGUAAUAGCAAAUUCUUUCAAUCUGAGGGAAAUAAUUGAUGUUCAUGAUAAUGAUAUAAUUAAAGAUAUUUAAUAUACUUUCUGAAACAACACUAAACACUAAUACUAUAUUGAACAUAAUUUGUAGUAUUCUUAUCUGAAAAUGUGUGUGGCAUAGAUACUCAUUAGUCAGAACACUGUACAAUCCAGACCAUGUCUGAUAAUUUGAGAAUCAUUAUUCUCUAGACAACAGGUUCUUAGAUUAUAAAGUAUUUAUCUUAAAUGUGCUAACAAAUACUACAUAAACACAUGCAAAGUUUAGACCACGAAACCUGGAUCUAUUUUAUUUUCUUGUAAUUCUUUUUUUCUUAAAAAAAAAUUUUUUUUAUAUAUUUUUAAAUAGGAUAAUAAUUGCUUCAAAUAUUGUGAUGGUUUCUGCCAUACAUCAACAUGAAUCAGCCACAGGUAUACAUGUUUCCUCUCUUGAACCAAGAUCUACUUUAAUUGGAGCCUAUGUGAAGGGUUUUAUGGUACACUUCAGUAUGAAAUUAGCUUUUAAAUUGAUGUUAUAUGUCAAAACUGUAAAGAAGAGUUUAAAUUAAAAAAGCUUUGGCUCAGAAAGCUAGUGUUUUCAUGAUUAUAACUGACCAAGAUAGCCUUUUUCAGUUUGAAAAUUGUGCUUUGUGUAAUGACGUCAAAAGCUCGUUUCCCUGCCUUUCUCAGCAGCAGGAAAUUGUUAAUAAUUUCUUUAAUCUCAGACUUCAUGAGUCAGAAGCCUUUUAAAAUUGAUUUGGACUUUGAUUUCAUGACAUACAUAUAUCUAAAUGAGUUGUACAUUGACACAAGAACCAUAGUUCUAUAAUUAUCUUCAAAUCAAUAGGUAUAUUAAGUGUGUUUUUCCUUAGGGAUUAUUAUGAAACUGAUGUUGUGUUUUGUAAUUGAUGACAUUUUAGGAUUGAAAAAAUAAUGUUUUUUUUAAGCCAAUAAUAAAAAUACACAAGUUUGUAAAUGAUUCACUCGUUACUAAAGUAAAAUGAAAUAUGUCACUUUA